UCCGGGAUCUGCCCAGCUCUGCAGGCUUUGCUGGUGGCGGUUGCCCGGCUCUGGGCUCCCGCCGCUGCAAGGCGGAUAAGACCCGGUCCUGGCGCCGCCCGCGCAGCCCUGGUCGCGGCUGGCGGACGCUGCGGCGCGGCAGGGGGCGGGGCCGGCUGCCGGGGAGGCCCGGGUGGCUGGGGAACCUCCCGGUCCGGCCGGGUGACACCGGCUGGGGCUCCGUCAGUGGCGACAGGGGCUGGGCUGCCGCGUGACCGGCCGAAGUCACGCUGUGCUUAAUCACAGUUAACCUGUGCUCCAGGCUGGCGGCGCUCACAUUUCUCCCAGCCGGUGGCCGUGGGGGUUUCUUUCAUGGUGACUUUCUCUGAAAUGCCAAAGCCACCCGAUUAUUCAGAACUGAGUGACUCUUUAACGCUUGCCGUGGGAACAGGAAGAGUUUCGGGACCACUGCACAGAGCAUGGAGAAUGAUGAACUUCCGUCAACGGAUGGGCUGGAUUGGAGUGGGCUUGUAUCUAUUAGCAAGUGCAGCAGCAUUUUACUAUGUUUUUGAAAUCAAUGAGACUUACAACAGGCUGGCCUUGGAACAUAUUCAGCAGCACCCAGAGGAGCCCUUUGAAGGAACCACAUGGACACACUCCUUGAAAACUCGUUUACUCUCCCUGCCUUUUUGGUUUUGGACAGUUAUUUUUCUGAUACCUUACUUACAGAUGUUUUUGUUCCUCUAUUCUUGUACAAGAGCUGACCCCAAAACGGUGGGCUACUGUAUUAUCCCCAUAUGCUUGGCAGUUAUUUGCAAUCGCCACCAGGCAUUUGUCAAGGCUUCUAAUCAGAUCAGCAGACUACAACUGAUUGACACAUAAAAUCAGUCACCGUUUUUUCCUUACAAACCCAAAACUGCCAGCACUAUAUGGAGCCUGAUCACAAGACUGCAGUUUCUUCACAGAUCUCAGGAAAGUGUGGUGGGGCAGAGGCUUUCUAAAAAGUGUGACUAGGGGGCUUGUCUUUAUCUGAAUAAUAAUGAAUUUUUAGGUAAAGCCUGAGAUAUAGUACUACAAAAUCAUGUUGAUGACUUCAGAUUUUGGAAGUAAAAUCGUGUCUGUUACUUUGCAUCCUUUAGAAACUUGAAUAAGUACCUGAACUCAUAUUUUUAUUCUACUGUGCAACAUUAGUGAUGAUUCAGAAAUUUUUCCUUCGGGGAAAAAAUGAAGAUGAACAUUUUCAUUGUGUUUAAUGUAGAAGUCCAAACAUGGUCAUAAAAUUUAUAUUUUAUACAAUUACUUGGCUAGCUUUAAAAUUCUUCAAACUAAACACCAAUUCGUUCUGUUAUAGCUAAGCCAACCAUGCUUGCUUGCUUUCAGCUUGUGAGAAAUUGGUAUAAAAUUAUUUAGGUGAUGGCUGUCUUGAUAGCAAAGUUUGUUCUUCCUUGUGGUAAUGCUACUGACAUUAAUUGACUGGCAUUAUUAAUGGUACCGGUUUAUUUAAAAAACUAUUUGGGAAGAGACUUUGGAAGUUAAAAAAUCUAACUUACACAAAAGACAGAAACAAGGUGUUCAGUGAAAAUAUUUAGUCCAGUCCCUAUCAGAUGUGUGAUACUCUAAAAGAUACUAGUGAGUCAUCAUCCUUCUGAUUUUCUUUUCUGGCCUAAGAUCCAGUCGUCAGGUGGUAGGUUAAUUGCGUGAAAAUAUAUGAUCCUUGUACUUCCUCCUUCGCCGCAUUUGUACUUACCACCUCAUGUCUGGUAUGGUACCAAUACAAGUAACUAAAAAAUGGAAAUACUAGGUUUUAGGAUUUUUUUUUUCUGGGUGAGAUGGAGAUAUAUUUUUAUAUAGUUAUGUCCUUAAUACCAGAGAAAUGUUUUACACCGAUAGAUUUUCAUAUAAUAAUAAUAUUUUUUGGUGUUUACUUUGUUGGGCCCUAUUCUAAGAACUUUACAUGAAUUUAACUAACUUAAUCCUCCCAAACAACCCUAUGAGAUAAUAGUGUUAUCCAGAUUUUACAGAUAAGGACACUGAGGUAGAGAAGUAAUGUCAGAGGUCACACACCUAGUCUGUAGCAGAGCCAGUUAUAACCUGGUAGCUGAUGCCUCUGUUCCUAACUGGACAGUAGUGUUUCCCACAAAGGAUUGAUGUUCCAGUACUGGGUCCAGUCUGCCAAGCCAAGCCAAACAACGGAAAGGGUUUACAGAUUUCCCCCCACCAACCACAAGUAGAGUUCCUAUGAAACCUUUUGUAAGCCAGGAUGGUUUAAAACAGAGAAGCAGUAACCAUUUUGUAAAAGCUAAAACUUGCUUCAGUUUUCUUUUAUGUUAGUGGAAACAGGUGCUAAUUAGGUCUCUUGUAAAAAGUGAACUUUUGGAUAGCGGGGAAACCUGUAUUGAGAAAUGUUUUCCUCAAUUUGUAAGAGCUCCUGAAAAUUUAAACGUUUUCUAGUAACCUCAACUUCUACUUUAAGUCUGAUUUGACCAGAAUGGAAGGAAGAUCGAACAUUCCACAGCAUGCUUUUACUUGAAAGAAAGCAAGUACUUUUGUAACUCAAAAGAGCGUGAUCACUUAAUGUCCUCCAAUUAAUGUCUCUUCUUCCCUUUACUGGCUCCGAAGGUCUAGUUACUGAAAUGAUGUAUUUUUUGCCACCAUACACUGUCUUCAAAGUAAGCAGCAGUUUGAAAUACCCAUUUCUGCAAGGGUAAGAAACCAAAUCAUUUGAAUCUUUUGAGGAUUUACUAAUAGUACGCAUGCAGCAGGCACUGUUUUGAGUGCUUUGCAUUCAUUCUUUACAACAAUCCCACGAGGCAGAUAUGCACCGGUACUAAUGCCAUUUUAAAGCAGAGGAAAAUGACGAAACCUGAGGAACAUAGGAAUUAGUCAGCUGCCCAUGCCACGGUCACACAACAAGUGGAAGAGUCAAGAUUUCAAUCUAGAAUGUCUGAUUUCAGAUCUCCAGCUUUAUCAUUCCACGAUACUGCUUCUCAAAGAAAAGGGAUAAUUUGAGGUAAAUCAUUCAGUAGUUUAUUGAUUAACCUUGAGGCAAUGACAGUUUGGAAAUGAUUUAAGAAAAUUAUUUCAAUUAUUUUGUUUCAUAAAUGAUAUAAUGCAA